CGCAAACCGCUAAUCAUAAUGAUCUCUAACUUAUGUUUGUGCCCAUGCGCACGGUAAACACGUGUAGUGGACAACAAAUGCCGCCGUCGUAUCCCGACAAAGGAGUCGGUUUCUGGGGUUCUCCGACCAGUACAUUGGACUGGUGCGAGAAGAACUACGUGGUGACCUUCUACAUCGCCGAAUUCUGGAAUACAAUCAGCAAUGUCGCAUUCAUCGUGCCCGCCGCCAUCUCCCUCGUCAAGGCCAUAGACGAGAGUCUGGAAUUGCGCUACAUCAUUGCCUACGCCCUGCUGACUCUGGUUGGUGUCGGCUCGUGGGCUUUCCACUCCACGUUGCUGUACACCUCUCAGAUGCUAGACGAACUUCCGAUGCUGUUCGGGGCGUGCAGCUUUCUCUAUUGCAUUUGGACGUGCAACUCGAAGGAAGGAGUGAGAGAUUGGUCGGCUCUGAUUUUGACACUCACCUAUCCGAUAUUCACCUCGCUGGUAUACUUGACCGUCAAGGAGCCUCUGUUUCACGAGCUCUGCUACAGCAUUGUUGUCUGUCUUCUCAUAUAUUACUCAGUUAGAGUAAUGAAGAAACUCGGCGGCUCGGGAAGACUGUAUUUCAUCUCUCUGUCGGCAUAUGUGAUUGCCAUUUCCUUGUGGGUUACAGAGGUACAGCUCUGCCCUAGUGUACGACACUUCCGAGACUUGGUCUGGUGGCCACUGAAACCGGCAACUCAACUGCACGCCUGGUGGCAUUUGUUUACCGGAGCUGCCAGCUACCUGCACGUGCUGUUCAGUUGUCAGAUGAGGAUGCAGAGGCUCGGAUAUCCAUGCAAACUGGUUAGCUUUGGAGGUUGUAUGCCAGUACUAAAGGCACCUCCAGAAUGGACCAGAAGAAAGCAUUAUUAGGCGAUUUGUUUUCUCGACCAGAGAGGCAGCAGUUGGUAACCUACGUGGUGUUGAAGCAAACUCUCACAAGUAAGCACAAUUGAAUAUUAAUUAAUUAAUCAAUUAAAAGGUCGAUAUCACAGAAAUGUUAGAGAGCUUGCUCUACCAGUCUCUAUCAGUAGCUAUAGAAUAUUGCAAAUUAAAUAUUUCCAGACUUCUCAUCAAGUCAAAAUACAGUUUACAGAGUGUGAUACUCUGUUGCA